AUGACGCCAGAUACCGACGGAGAGGUCGCUUCCGCGUUCCAGUUCUUCUCCUCGAGACUGCCGGAGGAGAUAUUGACUCAGAUCCUCAAGCACCACCGCGCCAACCACAUCAAAGGUGUGCUUGUUCUGGAUUACCACGAGUUCUCCGUUCCCAACAAUCCUGACAUGACAGCCUGCGAGGUACACUGGACUGAAGACGGAGGACACCAGACCUACACUGAGCCUGUGGUCAAACCCAUUGGCAUGGAGGUGGUGCGCAAGGUCCUGGGGAUUCGCCGUGUCAACAAGCUUUUUGCACGUUGCAUGCUCGAAGCGUUCUUCAAGAGUCCCGUGGUUUUUCAUAACAGCUGGUCAAUGUAUUUUGGCACACCGCCCACGUGGUUUCUCCCAUGUCAGGUCGAAUCGAUACUCGUUAAGCGCGGUAAAUCGAUCAAGGUCCAAUACUGCGACGACUGUUGCGACGAAGCUCACAAACAAUGGCGCAAGGAUAUUGGAUGGGUACCAGCAUACCGUGAAGCUAGCAUCGAGUGUGCGACAACGGGUAUAGACUUGGCUCUCAGCAAGGAGAAGCAAAUGCCGACCAUAAACGAUGAAGAUGCAGGGCUCUUGGCCAGGGACCCGGACAUCACCUUCGUCCAAACACCCGAUCGCCUUCUCAUUCGGGGUAUACAGUUUACUGGUGGUCAUGAAGAGGAAUGGUGGAUUCUUCCCAAAGGAUGGAGCGAGGUAACGAUUCAAACGUUCUUCAUCCUGGUCCAGCACCCAGGUUGGAGCCUAACCGAUGUUCCUCCCGGCUCGUCCUUCAUCCUGUCACUGAAAUAG